AUGGCCAGCUCAACGGCCCCGGAGACCCAUCAAGCGGCCCAAACCCAGCUCGUCCCGGGAUUAUCGACCCCUGGCGACGCCGGCGUGGAUGAUGCCAGCUCUGCGAGCGCUACUGUCGUACCAGCAUCUCCCACAUGCACUACGAGCACUCCCGAUUGCUGUCAAGCCGCCACAUCUACCGGUGGAUCUUCAGACGUGUUCUCUUCACUAUCCGAGCUUUCAUCCGCUCUCUCUGGCCUCGGUAGCGUCUGGUCACCGCCUCGUCUGGAUACUCUGCCAAGCGAGGUCUUGGCUCUCGUGGCAAGCUUUCUCGAUGUUGAUGACUUGUUGCGUAUCUCUCGUACGUGCCGUCGACUUCGCAACAUCUCCAUCGAUCCGGUGCUCCAUCACUGCCGCCUCCGCAAUGCUCGGUUCCUCGUAGCCUCCUAUCUCAACUCUCCGUGUCGGCCCUCGAUCGAUGAUCUGACAUCACGAUCCAUCAUCUUGACUCCAAAUGCCAUCAUCUCACGCCGGUUGGCACGGUCCCUCAUAUCCAUCCGCCUCUCCCGCCGUCUUGCUUCGCGGCUUUCCGCUAGCGACCUCGUCCAGCGCUCCGUGUUGCCCCAGGAAUGUGUCCCCGGCAUGGUCCCCGUACACGUCGCGCCAGGCCUGAUGGCUAGGCGGAAGACGGUUGAGAAGGAGCGCAUCAAGGACGGCUUGAGGCGGUGGAUUUCCGUCAAGUGGAAGCGCCAGGUCCAUGAGCGGGCAGAAGACGCGCGCAGGUCGGACGAGAUUCGCGGCGUUGGCCGUGUCUGGAAGCUGCGUCGUUUCUGGGAGAGGAUGAGUCGUGGUGAGAUGCCUGUUGACGGAGGCAGAGCAUGGUGA